AUGAGUAAUCCCAAAGGCGUCGCUGAGAACAUGCUCUGGGGAGGCCGCUUCACCCAGGGCCUCGAUCCCCUCAUGGUGCAGUACAACACGUCCCUCCCCUACGACCGCGUGUUCUGGAAGCAAGACAUCGCCGGCUCAAUUGCCUUUGCCCGCGCCAACACCAAGUCCGGCAUCCUCACACCGCAAGAGUUCGCCGAGAUCGAGCGUGGUUUCAAGCAAGUCGCCGAGGAAUGGCAAACAAACACAUUCGUGGCCAAGGAGAACGACGAGGACAUCCACACCGCCAAUGAGCGCCGUCUGGGCGAGAUCAUCGGCAAGGAUAUCGGCGGCAAGCUGCACACCGGUCGGUCGCGUAACGAGCAGAUCGCCACGGACAUGCGCCUGUGGCUCCGCGACGAGCUCCGCGUGAUCGAGGCCCACCUGAUCAAUCUGAUCAAGGUCUCCAUUGCUCGCGCUGAGAACGAUAUCGCCUAUCUCAUGCCCGGCUACACCCACCUGCAGAAGGCCCAGCCUGUCCGCUGGUCCCACUGGAUCCUGUCGCAUGCCACCGCCUUUGCUAGCGAGUUGGAGCGUCUCCGCGAGGUGAUCCGUCGCGUCAAUAAGAGCCCCCUCGGUACCGGUGCCCUUGCCGGUAACUGCUUCAACAUUGAUCGCGAGGCUAUGGCCAAGGAGCUUGGCUUCGAUGGCUUGCUGUACAACUCCAUGAACGCGGUUGCGGACCGCGAUUUCGCCAUGGAGACUAUGCAGUGGGGUAGCUCAUUCAUGCUCAAGAUCUCCCGCUGGGCUGAGGAUCUGAUCAUCUACAGCAGUCUGGAGUUCGGCUUCGUCCGUCUGUCGGAUGCUUACUCUACUGGAUCGUCGCUCAUGCCCCAGAAGAAGAAUGCAGGCAAGUUUGACCUGGAGCUGCUCCGCGGUAAGUCCGGCCGUACCUUCGGCCAGAUGGCCGGCCUGAUGUGCACAAUCAAGGGCCUGCCUACUACCUACAACAAGGAUCUGCAGGAGAGCGUUGAGCCCAUGCUCGACCACGUCAAGACUGUCAGCGACAGCAUCCAGAUCGCAACAGGUGUGCUCUCCACGCUCACCGUCAUCCCGGAGAAGAUGAUCGCCGCCCUGGCCCCGGAGAUGCUGGCUACCGAAAUUGCCGACUACCUUGUCCGCAAGGGCGUGCCUUUCCGCGAGGGACACCACAUUUCCGGCCGUGUCGUUGCCCUGGCUGAGAACACUAAUGUCCCCAUGGACACACUCUCUCUGGCGCAGCUCCAGGAAGUCGACGCCCGCUUCGACGCGGAUGUCCAGACUUGCCUUGACUACGAGCGUGCCGUUGAGCUGAAGGAUGCCAUUGGCGGAACUAGCAAGCGCGCGGUUCUCGAGCAGACUGCCGUGCUGAAGAAUUUACUGUAG